AUGCCUAGCGAAAUAUCGAAUCUUGUUGAUGCUGCCGAGUCACCUCCUGAUGUCAAUCCAUAUGAUGCCAUUGCGAAGAUGUUGGAGAAGUUGCUUCAGCCUCCCACAAGUCCACGUUGGUCACGCAGAUUGAAAAUUGCCUCCGUGGUGUUCUAUUUUCUGUAA